UGCAUAGUCUACCGAGAGUGUACUCUCGUGUAGUCUCGUGACUCACUCGGUUGUUUUUAACGGUUGUACAAAAUGGAUGUGGUUGAAAUAACAGCUGCGGCUGCAUUGUGUGCAUACAGUUAUUAUAAUUUUCUAAAUUUAAGCCAUUAAAAAAAAAUUAAACAAUCCAAUAAGAGGAGAUGGUGGACAACAACCAUACACAGAAACAGAACAAAGCAAGGCAUGGAAAAUGUAUUGGUGAAUUGUUAUAUGAACCUACAGGCGAGUUUGAAAAUUUUACUUGAGUGUCAUUAUCAGAUUUUGAAUAUUUACUCACUUUAAUUUCACCUAUUAUUUCAAAACAAGAUACUCAACUGAGAGAUUCAAUCCCAGAUAAAAUAAGACUAGCAAUUACGCUACGAUUUUUAGCUACAGGUGAUAGUUAUAAAAGCCUUCACUUUUUGUUUAAAGUAUCUAGCCAAAUAAUAUCAAAGAUUGUACCAGAAGUAUGUGUAGCAAUCAAGUUCUUAAAAAUGAAGUGAAGCUACCAUCAACUUUAAGUGAUUGGUUAGAAAUAUAAAAAGGGGUUGGAGAAAAGUUUCCACAUUGUGUAUCGGAUCAAUUGACGGAAAACACAUAGUUUUGCAAUGCCCAGUUAACACUGGUUCAGAAUACUACAAUUAUAAAAACUGUUAUAAUUAAACAAUUAUAAGUGUUGUUUUAAUGGGAUUAGUUAGUAGUGACUAUCGUUUUAUAUUUGCUGAUAUAGGGAGCCAAGGUAGAAAUAGCAACGGUGGCGUGUUUAAAAAUUCUUUGCUGUGGAAAAAAAUUUGCUCAAACAGCCUUAACAUUCCUGCUCCUUCCCUUCGUGGCUCAAAUGUUGAUUUACCAUAUGUUUUCCUAGGAGAUGGUGUAUUUGUUCUCCGUACCAACUUGAUAAAACCAUUUCCCGGAAACCAUGAGAUUGGCUCUCCAAAACGCAUUUUUAAUCAAAAAUUAUCAAGCUCCCGUGUUGUGAUUGAAAAUGUAUUUGGAAUAAUGACUGCUAAAUUCCGAAUUUUCAAAAAACCAAUUUCAAUAGAAUUAGAAAAAGUUUCCAUCAUAACAAUGACAUGUGUGCUAUUGCAUAAUUUUUUAAUGAGAAAUGAAACGUCUGUAUCAAUUUAUACCCCUCCCGGUACAAUAGACAUUUAUGAUAAUACUGGAAUGAUAAUUCAACCGGGUUCAUGGAGAAGAGAAAUCGUCGAAAAUUGUGCUAUUAAACCUAUCGAUCAACUACCACGUAGAUCACUAGAAAAUUCAAUACGAAUAAGAGAACAAUAACGUCAUAGUUUUAUAAUAAUAAUUAAUACCUUUCAAUAAAUAAACAUAAACUAGUAAUUAUGAAGUAAUUAUAUUAUAUUUACCUCUUCAGUAUUUAAUGUCACGUUGCAAUCGUUUAGUUUUCCAAGAAAACUUUCCAUUUGAUCAUAUAAAAACCAUAUUGGUCGAUAAAUAUCAUUCUGGCCGGCUCCUGAUUUAAUGUAUCCGAAAUGUAGCCAUAAUUGAAUUUUUUUUAUUUUUCAAAUCUUCUAUGGAUUCAUUCAAAACCUUGCUAAUUCUGCACCAUGCGUCAUUCAUUUUUGCUUUAUUUGUGAUUAAGAUGCUUUGCAUUUCAUAAAAUAUCUUCUGAUUGGUAUAACUCUACAAAUUUAUUCAAAAUUUCGUUCGUCCAAUCAGCCAUUUUUUGCACAAAAAGUUUUGAUUUCUUUUUGUUUCGUUAACCGAGUACUCUCGAGCUCAGGCGAGAGUAAAGUAGGUACGCCUCACCUCGUGUCUCGUGGUCGGUCUUUAUUUAAUUGCUAUUAUCAAUGGUAGUAAGGCACAUUGUUGUGAGUUCAUAAAUACACUAACUGACUAUAUAAAAAGUAUAUCUAUUGAUAGACAUAAUUGAUAAUAAACAUCCGUGACUGUGACAGCGAUGUCUUAAAAACCAUUUAGCGAGGUACAAGUUUAAAUUGUUUACGUAUAAUAUUAUAAGUCUGUACAAAAUGAUUUAUUCCUAAAUAAAACUUAUGUGCAACAAUGUUUGUUUUAGGGAAUUUUAUAGAAACUUGUAUUUUGUUUUCCAAACAUGUACCUGAAUUUGCAGAAAACUUUCAAAAAACUAUUAAUUAUACUAGUCAUUCAAUACAAGAGCAGUUUAUUAGUCUUUGUGCUAAUAGUAUUAGAGACACAAUUAUACAUGAAAUAGGAGAUGGUGUGUUUGGCGUAAUGUGUGAUGAAGCACGUUGUUACAAGGAAGAACAAAUGGCUUUAUGUGUUAGAUACACCAAAGAUUUAAAUGUUCAUAAGGGAUUUUUAGGAUUUGUAGAUUGUUCAGUUAAGCAAGAUGCCGAAGCUCUGAGUCAACAUAUUUAUGAUUAUUUCAAAGCUUAUAAUUUAAGUAACAAAGUACAAAUUAUUGGUCAAUCGUAUGAUGGAGCAAUUGUUAUGGCUGGGAAAUUUAAUGGUGUUCAAGCAAAAAUUCAAAACAAAUAUCCAUGUGCAGUUUAUACUCAUUGUAUGGCACACCGUAUAAAUCUCGUUGUUGUUGACAUGUGUAAAUUUGUGAAAGAAACUAGAUGUAUCUUUAAUACGUUAGAAAGUAUUUAUAAUAAUUUUUCCUACCCUACAGAAAAUCAACAACUGAUUGUUAUACAAAAAAAAUUAGGACUGAAAUUUAAAACAAUUGGAAGAAUAAUUGAUACAAGGUGGAAUUGUAGAUACAAAAAUUGUGAUGCUGUCUUAAACUGUUACCAAGCAAUUAUUCAUGUCUUACAAGAAGAAAAUGAUGAUGACAAUGACAAAGAUGUAAAUGAAGCUUUAGGAAUACUUAAUAAUUUACAAAAAGCCUCUUUUAUUGUUAAUUUGUUUGUCAUACGCCCAGUACUUAGUAUCAUUAUAUCAUGAGCAACAUGAUGCAAGACAAAAAUGCCACAUUAGUAAAGCAGUAACAAUAAUUAAUAGUAUUAUAAAAAAGUUACGAAAGUUCGCGUAUUCCAGAAUCUUUUAGUGUGAUUUGGCAGUCUAUACAAACAUUUGCAGUUGAUAAUAAUAUUACAAUUGAAAUUCCAUAUCAA